AUGGGUAAAGUUAAAUGUUCAGAAUUGCGAACAAAAGAUAAAAAAGAUCUUCUAAAACAAUUAGAAGAGCUUAAAACCGAAUUAACAAGUCUUCGGGUAGCUAAAGUUACUGGUGGAGCUGCAUCCAAGCUAUCCAAAAUAAGAGUUGUCAGGAAAGCCAUCGCUAGGGUUUACAUUGUUAUGCACCAGAAGCAAAAGGAAAAUCUUCGUAAAUUUUACAGAACCAAGAAAUUCAAACCUUUGGAUCUCAGGCCAAAGAAAACCAGAGCCCUAAGAAGGAAAUUGUCAAAAAGCGAGAGGAAUAUCAAAACUAGAAAAGCUCACAGGAAGUUAUGUGCUUUUCCUCCAAGAGUUUAUGCUGUUAAAGCAUAG